AUGGUGCAUAGAGAUGUCAAAAGUAUAAAUAUAUUAUUGGAUGAAGAGUUCAAGGCCAAAAUUUCGGAUUUUGGACUCUCUAGAUCGUUUCAAGUUGGAGGCGAUCAACCUCAAGUUUCAACAGUUGUUGUUGGUACUCUAGGAUACCUUGAUCCCGAAUAUUACUUAACAAGUGAGUUAUCCGAGAAGAGUGAUGUCUACAGUUUCGGGAUCUUGUUACUAGAGAUUAUCACAAACCAACGAGUGAUUGAUCAAACCCGUGAAAACCCUAACAUAGCAGAAUGGGUUACAUUUGUGAUCAAGAAAGGAGAUACUAGUCAAAUUGUGGAUCCUAAACUUCACGGAAACUAUGACACCCACUCUGUCUGGAGAGCUCUUGAAGUAGCAAUGUCAUGCGCAAAUCCUUCUUCAGUCAAACGACCAAACAUGUCUCAAGUAAUCAUCAAUCUUAAAGAGUGUCUUGCAUCUGAAAACACGAGGAUAAGUAGGAAUAAUCAAAACAUGGACUCUGGUCAUAGCUCGGAUCAGCUUAAUGUGACUGUGACCUUUGAUACUGAUGUGAAGCCUAAGGCAAGAUAGUAUAUACGUGGAUCUUCUCUAAUGUGACAUAAACCAAACCUUUCGAUGUAUAACUUUAUGUUAUUAGUUAACCAUUGUGAAAUAAUUUUGUUUUAUUUACUUGUGUUAAAUAUGAAUAUUACCCGUUCGUAAUAUAUAUA